AUGACUUCUUCUUCUAGCCAUGCCAAAAGGGAUGAUAAAAAUGGAAAGGAAGAGAAGGAAGAAAAAAGUAGUUCUAGUUCUGAAGCUCACAAGGUGGAAUUAUUAAUAAAUAUAGAACUAGAAAAGGUUGGUGAUCGCUCAUGGCCUUCGGAUUACAGUAUAUACCGAUUACCUGAGACACUGGUGGAUGAAAAGCCAGAAGCCUACAUACCACACAGAGUCUCCAUUGGCCCUAUCUACCAUGGUUAUUCUGAACACUUAAAAGACAUGGAAGCACGUAAGAUGCUGUGCUUGGACAAGUUUCUGAAACGAGAACGACCUGGAGCAGCUGCAGCAGCAACAACCUUGUCUGAUUACAUUAAAGCCGUGAGAAAAUUGGAAGAAAUAGCUUACCAAUGUUAUCCAGAGGAAGAUGUGAAUAAAAUUGAAAGAAACAGGUUUGCGAUGAUGAUGGUGGUGGAUGGUUGUUUCAUACUUGAGCUACUACUACAGUACGAGGAUAGAACUACGUCGGAGUCGGACGCGAAGUGGAGUUUUCUAGUUUUACUGGACCUGAUUUUGGUUGAAAAUCAGCUCCCAAUCUUUGUUCUCGAGGCAUUGUACGGACUAUUCAUUAAUGAAGCUGAUGCAUGGACUGCGCUCUAUAAUCUUAUUUGA